AUGAAAAUGCAAUUCCUAGGCAUGCGUAUAUUUUCUCUAACUGCAGUGCUGUUGUUGACAAAGCUCCACAUGUGUUCGGCUUUUGGUCACAAGUUGACCAUAAUGAAAAAUAGUUUUCGUUACUUGCAAGAGAAUAUGCUGCGAAAUAGUUUAAAACGGGCUCAAAUCAAUUACGACAUACUUUUCGAAUGCCAGUCACAAUCUGUGAAAAAAUUUGUCAACCAAGAAAAUUUCAUACUACAAAUGGGAGACCUCAGGGGAUUUCAUCGUUUAGAUCCCACAAAGAAAUUGGCAUUUUUCCUACAUGGCUGGAACGAUGAAGGCAGUAAAGAAUGGGUAUCCGAAUUGUUGUUUACAUGGACCAGAUUUAAGCCCAAUUAUUGUGUAUGUGUUGUGGAUUGGGGUCAUUUGUCGCAAUCGGAUUAUAAAACGGCAUCGAUGUCAAUAUUUGAUGUAGGUCUCACUGUAGGAGCUAUUGUGGAAUUUUUGGAAAGACUAUGGCCAAACUAUAUAACCAGACGUAAUGUUACCAUAGCAGGUUAUAGUUUGGGAGCUCAUGCUGCUGGUUAUGCCGGAGCUGUGCUGAAUGGGGAAGUGGAACACAUUAUUGGCCUGGAUCCAGCGGGACCUUUGUUCACAUUGCCAGCAGUUGUUUCGACCGAAUUUCGUUUGGACCCCUCAGAUGCUCAAUUUGUACAAAUUUUACACACUUCCAGUGGUACCUUGGGUGUUGGUAUCAAAUCCGGGCACGCUGAUUUUUAUCCCAAUGGUGGAGCAGCACCGCAAAGGAAUUGCAACUCGUUUCUACAAUUGGCUGAUCUAUCGAAUACCAAUCCCAUAGCUUGCAGCCACUCUACAGCUGCUGUAUUCUUCAAACAAUCCAUGAAUCCUGAAUAUCCUUUUAUUGGCUAUCAUUGUGAUAGCUAUUUUAGUUACUCCCGUGGCUAUUGUUCGAAAAAUCGCUAUGGCCGUUUUGGUGUACAUUCUCAGCGAACUUCGCGGGGCGAUUUUUAUUUCGAUACACAAUCCAAAAAACCGUAUGUGAAGUCCACCGCGAAGCAGCGUUGGUCAACUGUGAUAGGAUUUACUAGAAAACAACCAGCUGGAUGA